CCCUCCUUUAUAUUCAUGAGCUAAGCCGUCGCCGUAGUAGGUUCCGAGCUGGACCUGAGUCUAUUUCGCAGCUGCGUACUGAGCGAGAAUACACUCCCUCAUUCCGCUACGAGCUGGACCGACUGAAGGAUACACCGGAACUUCAGCCCGGGCGGCUGUCACAGUUUUAAAUAGGGGUUCGGUCCAACAUGGCGGCAGACGGAUGGAAAUACUGAUGACAGUCCGAAAGAUCGCCUCGAUUUGUACGAUGGGCGCCAAUGCCUCUGCUUUGGAAAAGGAGAUUGGACCGGAACAGUUCCCUGUUAAUGAACACUACUUCGGAUUGGUCAAUUUUGGCAACACCUGCUACUGUAACUCAGUGCUACAGGCACUGUACUUCUGCCGACCCUUCCGGGAGAAAGUGCUGGCAUAUAAGAUCCAGCCGCGUCGUAAAGAGAGCCUGCUCACCUGCCUGGCUGACCUGUUCAACAGCAUUGCAACGCAGAAGAAGAAAGUGGGAGUCAUUCCUCCAAAGAAGUUCAUCUCCAGACUGAGGAAGGAAAAUGAAUUGUUCGACAACUAUAUGCAGCAGGAUGCCCACGAGUUCCUCAACUACUUGCUCAACACCAUCGCAGACCUGCUGCAAGAGGAAAAGAGCCAGGAAAGACAACAGAACGGCAAGGUAGUGCAGAAUGGCGGUGGUGGAAGCGGAAGCAGCACGGGAGAGGGUGAAAAGGAGGAAAAGACUCAGCAGACCUGGGUGCAUGAGAUCUUCCAAGGCACACUGACCAAUGAGACACGGUGCCUUACUUGUGAAGCGGUAAGCAGUAAAGACGAGGACUUCUUAGACCUCUCGGUGGAUGUGGAGCAGAAUACCUCCAUCACACACUGUCUUAGGGGUUUCAGCAACACAGAGACCUUAUGUAGUGAAUACAAGUACUACUGUGAACAAUGCAGAAGUAAACAGGAGGCUCAGAAAAGGAUGCGGGUAAAAAAAUUACCUAUGAUCCUUGCCCUGCACUUAAAGCGCUUUAAGUAUAUGGACCAGCUUCAUCGCUACACCAAGCUCUCCUACCGUGUGGUCUUCCCUCUGGAACUGAGGCUCUUCAACACGUCCGGGGAUGCCACCAACCCCGACCGAUUGUACGACCUGGUGGCAGUGGUAGUUCACUGUGGAAGUGGUCCAAAUCGAGGUCAUUAUAUCACUAUAGUGAAGAGUCAUGGCUUCUGGCUUCUGUUUGACGAUGACAUUGUAGAGAAAAUCGAUGCCCAAGCAAUUGAAGAAUUCUACGGUCUGACAUCCGACAUCUCCAAAAACUCUGAGUCAGGGUACAUACUCUUCUACCAGUCUAGAGACUGAGCCAGUGAAAAUGACUGACAGAAUGGGAGGGUGCGAUUUGUGAGAGACAGGAGCGCGCAGACAGGGAGGCUUGGACUUUGUCGACACGCCUCAGCUCCCUUCUCCAUCCCCUCUGAGUCAAUUGGCUUAUCAAUGGAGCUUUGCACCAGAGUAUCAGUCAGGCCCCAAACAGGAGCAGUUGAUGCCAGAGUGACCUGGACACAGCACAGUAACCACCAGACACAAGUUAUCGCCGUCUGGUUUGCCAUCGUCUCACUCGCCUGCUUUGUGUUGCUCAGCACAUACAAACGCACAUAUACACACAGUUGUGAAAUGAGCAACACACGUCUUUGAUGGCCUGAGAAUGGACACUGUACAGCCUUUUUUUCCCACCACAAGUAACAAGGAUCAUUUUGAUUGAGUUAGCUUAUUAUCGGAUUCAAUUCUCUGCAUCACAUUAUGUUUUGUCAUUCAUUGUUGCAGGUUGAUUCAUGAUGGCACAGUAUCAUGGUCAAUCCAAAACCUCGAAUUACGGUUUUCCUCAUCCUACAUAGAAAACUCACAUCUGCACUGUCAAACAUGACACAUCAUGCUAUCCAUGACAAGUCCCUAGUAGUGUUGCAGGACAAAUUAUAACUUGUAUUGAGCAAUGUUAAGCUGCUCUGCAUCAGUUGGGUUUUAAUGAUCAAGAAGGGGAUUUUAUUUUGGCUUCAAGUGAUGUUUCAGGGCUUUUUUUUCGAAUGUAGGACUGUAGUCGAGUAAUAGAUUGUGGGAAUCUGUUUAAAAGAUCUGGCUUGGCCUAAGAAUGCUCUUUCAGUAUUCCUUGAAUGUAAAACAUUCUGCCAGACACUGUGGACUGCGAGUGUGAAGUUUGGAUUUGGUUGCGUCAUAUAGUGCACACAUCACGGUGCGCCAAAUGUAGAGAGUGACAGAUGGAAGGAGAAAAGGGCUUUGUAUUAUUCUAAAUAUAAGUUAGAAUCCAUAGAUGGUUGUUGUAUUGAUACCAAAAGCUGCACACAUUUCCACUCGUGUUACAUUUCCACUGUUUCCUUGUCAGAUUGUCUGUGAAUAAUGCUGGCUCGUUCAGUUCAGUGAUUCGUUUGCAAUAGAAAAGUUGGAAAAUUCAAACAUACUUGCUCGACUACGUCUCUACACUCCAUUAUUAUGCAGAAUGAAUGGCAUUUAUUUUGUGAAAUGUCAGUAACUCAUACCUAUAUCUCUAUUGUCUUUUUCUCUACCCCUUUUAAUGGAUAACGUAUAACUGGACGUAGAUCUGAAUGGAAAUGAAGCACAGAUGUAGGGUUUCUUUCUGAUACUUUAACAAAAUCAAUCGAACUAUUGCAAAGUAAUAAACUCUUCUUUUCGUUAAAUCGAUUUGAAGAGUGAGCGCUUUUCUGAGUUAGCUAGUAUAUGUCACCCUGUGUUUUAGCACAUUUGUAUACAGACAUCCAGCAAGAUGCCCAUGUGCAAGUUCAUAUUAGCAAAGUACAAGACAUUUUAAGGAGUUCAAACAGAAAUGAACCAUGUUUUUCUGACCUAAUUUGAUUAUUUAAUAGAGAAUAAAAAAGGUAUUUUUUAUUUCAGACCUUUUCCGGUGUAAAUGACACUGGUUUUGUUUGGUUGUUUGUUGGAAAAGAAUGUGCUUUAAUCUGUGAGGGGUCACAACUGACAGUGCUGCUGAAUAUUAAUCCAUACGCCAUGUAAAGUCUACUCGGUAGCAGUGCAUGCAUUAACAACUCUUGACAUUGUUAUAAAGCAUGUAAAAAGGUCUUUUAAACCAACAUCGCAGUGUCUAUAAGGAGGUUUGAAGCUUUAUGCCAGUCAGUUAGCCUACUGAUGUUCCGUGUCUUAAGUAGACUUAACUAUAUGUUCAAAUAAAUUGACAUAUGGUGCCAUGAUGUAAAUUACACAUGCGCAUAAAAGUGUCUGUAGAUGUGACAUCAUGGUGUCUUCGAGCUGAAUCAACUGGAUAUUUUAUUUUUAAAUUGACUUAUGAUCUAGUACUUGUGGGAAAGAGUUGCUUUUAUUUGGGUUCUUUAUUUCUUGAUUUUAUUUAUGUGUAAUUAUAAAUGUUAUAUUAACUUUUCUUUGAAGCUCUCAUUUUUAUAAAUUUUGCUAACUGGUCACUUGUUUGGACUUGGAUUCUUGUAUGUUAUGUGGGGAGACUGUUGAAUUGGACACAAAAGGGUGGUAAUGUUUGCUUGGAAUUGUCAGACUGAUGCCAUAAACUGGAAACAAAAUAUAUAGUUGUCGUAUGAUAGUCAUAUAAACAACAAUGCACUGAUCACAGUAACAGCACCCCGAGUGUUUGGUAGUUCUGCCGUUAGAAGGCAGACAGAAACUACAUUAAGACUCGAGACAAAUGUAGGCUAAUGGUAUGUCACGCUCAUGUUCACAUAGAAUUUAAAGUUACACUAGUUUGUGUUUCACCCUGCCCCUUCCCUUUACAUUAUUAAUGUUUAUUCCAUACUGGGUUUGAAAAAAGUGCACUUUCGAUUAAGCAAUGUACAAAUUGUAAACCAGGGCUAUAUUCUGGUUUUGGAAUGGACUGUGUGGCUGAAAGUUGGGACUCGAUCACUCUGUCCCCAAUAAAAAAACAAAAACAAAUGCU